CUGUGAGAAGACAUCAGAAGUGGACACUCUCACUAACACCAAACUGAACGACACCUCAAGGACCAGGAUGCUGAGACUUUCUCUCUAUUUACUGCUUGUCAGCGUUCUUAGAGCUUCUCUGUUGGCUGAUGGCGCUAACAUACGACUCGCUGGUGGCAGUCACUCCUGCGCUGGUAGAGUGGAAGUCUAUCAUAAUUACCAGUGGGGAACAGUGUGUGAUGAUGACUGGGACAUAAAUGAUGCGCAGGUGGUGUGUAGACAGCUUGGAUGUGGUAAUGCUGUCAGCGCUCAUCAAAGUGCCCACUUUUGUCAGGGAAGUGGUCCAAUAUGGCUGGAUAAUGUUCAGUGUUCUGGAAGUGAAAGCACCAUCACACAGUGUUCUCAUAAUGGAUAUGGAGAACACAACUGCGGCCAUGGUGAAGAUGCUGGAGUUACUUGCUCAGUACUUGCAGACAUGCAGACUCCUACACUGACCCGGAUCUCCCCAAACUCUGUGGUCUCACCUGGAGAAGUCCUUCAGUUCAGAUGUACCACAACCAGCCCAACAUGCAUCUCUGUAGACUUCAGAUUGUAUAAAAAUGGAACAUUAAUAAUGACCCAACCUGCAAAGACUACAACAACAUUUAAUCUGACUGUAGAUGCCUCACAUUGGGGCCAGUACACCUGUGACUACUUGUACAGGGAAACUGCCUCCACAUCACCCAGGAGCAACUCCAUUACCAUCACUGUGGUGAACCUGCAGCAGCCCAAUAUCUCCUUUAGUGCUGCUGGUGGACCAGAAGUGACAAGGGGCUACAGCUUCUCCAUCAUCUGCUCCACUGAACCUCAGUAUCCAGGAGGUUCCUUCCACUUGAAUUUCAGUGGAUCCAACAUCACCAGCACUCAGUCGGCUGUCAACCACUCAGCCGUCUUCCUGUUUCCUGAGGCAGAUUUUGUCCAUCAGGGAAUCUACAGCUGUACUUAUGAAGUUAACGUGUCUUCACUUAUCUUUACCUCCGCUACCACUGAGCAGCUGGAAAUCACUGUGAAAACAUUUCUGGCUCCUUAUAUUGGUAUUGGAGUGACAGCAGGACUGCUUUUCAUCUUAGUUCCAAUCAUCAUUUGCUUUGUGAAUACACAAAAAAGACGAAAAUAUCAAACGGAUAAGAAGAAGAAUACACCACGUGCCAAAAACACAUAUCAGCGCCCCCAAGGAGCGAAUGAGUCAGAUGAUGAAGCUAUUUAUGAAAACACAGAAACUAUUUUCCAGCAGAAGGACGAUUCAGACAAGUCUGAUAAUGACUACGUUUAUGGUAAUGCUGAUGAACAAACAAAUGCUGUGGACAAUGACUAUGAAGAUGAUGAAGUUUAUGCAAACUGUGUAGAUUAGUGUUGAGAACUUAAUAAUUAUCAGUAUGUACAGUCCCCAAACAAUCACAUGAUUCAAUUGGAUAUAUAAUAUUACUUCUUAGUUGUUUUAAAUAACGCCGAUUAUAGAAUCAGUUUGUAUUCGUCUGUUUAGUGUGUUCAGAUCCGAUAAUAAAACUUUUUAUUUCACUUUCUUAAUACAAAUAGGUAUAUUCUUGUUUUCAUUUUGAAUUAUUGUUAAUAUUAAAUAUCGAAAUGCAUCAAGAGUUUAAUGAUCCAUGAGUGUUUUCCAUAAACUGAUGACUAAUGCAGAAAUCAGAAAAUAAUGAAUGGGACAACUGAAAUAUCAUUUUUAAUUCUAAUAUCACUCAUAAACUUCCAAAACAAUCAUGUAUAUUCUAUUCAUAUUUUUUAGAUUAGAUUAAACUCACUUUGUCUAUUUUUUUCUUAACAUUGUUAUACAUUUUUUAAAAUUGGAUUUAAUUUGAGUUUCAGAUUAUGGGAAUUAAUUUAGUGUAUUUUGAAUGUAUUUGAUUCAUUUACUGUAUUUACUCUCUUAUCUCUUAUAUAUCCAGCCUUAUGAGUAGCAGUUUGGGAUUUGGUGUAUUUUGGACCUAAACUGGACAAAUUAUUCUGCAAAUACUUAUUGGUGAUAAAAAAAAAAUAAAUGAAAAAAUAAAAAAUAAAAAAACUUUUUUUAAAACUAUUUGUAAAUUGAGUUAAUAAAAUUAAUGUUAAAGUCUUUGAUUGAUAUGUAAAGUUUCUUUUUACCAACCAGGGUGUGUGUGUGUGUGUGUGUUUUUCU